GUCACUAUCACGGGAUUGCCCGCGGCGGUUGAGAAGGCGGUUACUAUGAUCGAGGAGGAUCUAAAUGCUAGGAAGGAUGUUGUCACUGUACAGUCGCCUGGGAAUGAGAAGGAGAACGAGCCAACUCCAGAAGCGAAGUCGUUCUUGUUCGCUCGUCGUGAAGGGGGAUGGGGAGAGAAAGCCCCGGAAGUGGCUAAGGAAGAGCCAGUGGAUUUGAACUCGACCGAUCAGUUCCCGCCACUUGGAGCCCAUCCUUCGGGAAAGCCGAAGAAGGCGAAGUUCCGUGGGACUAAAAAGCAUUAA